CGGAGUUCGUGGAGCCGGAGGAGAUAUGGCUGCUGGGCACCACUCACAUCUCGCGGCGGUCCGCCGAUGACGUGGCGCGGGUUGUCCGGGCCUUGAGGCCCGACAACGUCGUGGUCGAGCUCUGUAGGAGCAGUCGUUGCAGAGCUUGUUUUCAGAGCUGGGAUCAUGUACACAUCUAGUGAAGGAGAUCCGAGUCAACAAUUACGGUCCAGCAUGUUUUCCCUGAGUGGUACCGGGUUUUUUGGUGCCGUUGGUCGUAGCAUGAACUUGGGUGGUCAGACAGCUCUAGCAUUACGUCUACUCUUGGCAAUUUUCUCUUCAAAAAUAUCCUCAGAUGUCAACCGCCCAUUCGGAGAUGAGUUUCGAGCUGCUCGGAAGGUAUCCGAAGAAAUCGGUGCUCAAAUUGUGUUGGGGGAUCGGCCAAUUGAAAUAACACUUGAGAGAGCAUGGAAUAGUUUGAAAUGGGCUCAGAAAAUAAGCCUAGUGAUCUCUGUUUUUCGUGGAAUAGCAUCAAAAUCGGAUGCGUCAGGGAGUAAUCUUCAGGAAUCAUACACCGGGGAUAGCACAUUUGAGUUGUACAAGCAGCUCAGCUUUUCUUAUCCAGCACUUCUACAGCCUCUCAUACAUGAACGAGACACGUAUCUCGCAUGGUCCCUAAAGCGGAGCAAGGCCGUGAACAACUGCAAGAGGGUGGUGGGAGUGAUCGGGAAGGGCCACAUGAACGGGGUCGUGUAUUCGCUUAUCUCAGACCAAGGGAACUUGCGAUUCCGUGAUCUUGCAGGGAAUAAGGCAGGGGGCAAUAAAACCGGGGGUUGGGUUGAAGAUCUCGCGAGGAGCUUGAUUAGAGACACUUUGUUAGGGAUUCUGCUUUGGGCAUUGUAUGAAUGGGUCAAAGGUGCAGUAUAAAACUAAAUCAAGGGAUUAGAUAAUCCAUCUCUUUGAAUUGAAGACAAUAGGUCAAUAUGUUGGGAACUUUUAUUUUGUAUUGUUUUGGCAGUGUUGGUACUUUCCAAUUAUUUGUGAUUGUACAUUUGGCUUAAAAAGGAAAGAAGCAGUAGUUGUUGGAUCAGUUU